GUAAUUUUUUCGUAAAAUAUCCAAAUUGAGACAACCUAAAAGUUUAAAUAUAUAAUAAGUUGUCCGAUUUGAAAAGAUAUUUAGUACCAAUUUUACCAAUGAACAUACCUGAUUACUAGUAUAAUGGGUUUUAAUACAUAUUCAAUUAAAACUGUUUAGUUAUCUAUUCGUUAUGGCCAUCAAGAUCGAUAAGGUUAGAUAGCACUUAAGCGGUGCUAGCGUUACCACUUAUUACAAGUGCACAGUGUCAAUUUAACCGACAGUGCUAUUUUAAUACGUUGGAUGUACUGGUCUACCUCAAUAUUCUUAGAAACUGAAGAGUCCCAUCUACAUAUAUUCUAGUUCACUUAUGGCUCCGUUAACCAUAAUGAUAACGUGUGAUGCCUGAUGACCCAUUGUCAUUUUGGUACCAUUUAAAAUGGUUUUGCUUAUUACUAAUAUGUUAAUAAAAAGUUGUUGUAGUUUGUUUCUGCUCGCUUUUUAACUGAAAUUGCACUAGAAAGUAUCUAUAUUGAGAACAGAGGGUUAUGGGUUAUACUUUGUCUGUCAUUUUUGCAAUAACAACCAUUUCAAAUUUUACAAAAUUACAUUUAGUCACGAUGCAUUCACAAUGUACAUACUUAUGUAUGUUCAGCCAAUUUCGACUUUUUAAUUGGAUGUGAAAACAUUAACAACAGCAAAGUUAAUAAUUUGUGAAACAUACACUUUUAUUGAAUUCCUUCGGUCUGUAAAACGUUGUAAAAAGAAAUACGUAAUAUAUGUGAUUUAUGUAGUUAGUCUAUUACUCGAAAAAAGAAAUCAAGUUAUUGUCAAAGGCUUCGUGUCGUCUAGUCAUUGUGCAAACAACUUACACAUUGACGAAAACGUUGAAUAUAUGAAAGUUGGCAAACGUAUUGCCAGAGAAAAUACGCACAUGCGCAGUAAGGCCAAUUGCCGUUGCUUCAUAAUUGCAAUUUAUAAUCCGAAGAUAUAACAUAAUAUCAUUUUCAGAAACUAGUUCGGUAUCGAAUAAAUAAAUGAAAAUGGUUUUAGAUUUUAUUUGUUUUUGACUUAAGUGAUUUAUUAUCAAAGCCAACCUCAUUGUAAAUGAAAUAAAUGCGAUGACAUGUCAAACAUGCAUUUUUCUUCUAGGAAUCUCACUAGUGUAACUCAACCAGAAUAUUGACGUGUUUACAUAUGUUCAGGACAGGCUACGGAAGUUUUAUACACAGGACCCAUACUUGUUUGGUGGCUGCUCUUCUCUCGCAAAGAGCAUUGGUCAUAGAUGCAAAGAAUCCUACAUUUAUUCCGAAAUAUUUUGAAAGUUAUUCGAAUUUAAAACAUAGGCAACAGUGGCCAUGUUCGAUACCAAAUUCAUAGGUCAUAAAAAAUGAGAAGGACAUUGAAAGGUAUGCUUCACUUCAAGAACUGACGAAACACGCAAAUGGAGAUAGAAUCCCGAAUCCAAUGGAAAUUCCAAAUCAUUUGGCCAACAAAUUGAUUUCUUUCAACAAUCAACCUUCCGCUUGGUGGAUAGGAGUAAUGGCAGAAUACAUGCUAGGAAAUGAUAACCUUUCGAGAAUUGUUCAGGAUGCAAUGCGGACAAUGCCGUUUUCAUCCCCAGUAGUCGGGGUGCAUGUAAGAAGAACUGACAAAAUUGGUCGUGAGGCCAAGUUCCAUGCAUUAGAAGAGUACAUGAACCAUGUGGCUGGUUGGUACAGUGCAUACGAGGCAGUUAACGGUCGUGUAGAGCGAAAGGUUUACUUGGCGUCGGACAGCGUCAAAGUUCUCCAUGAAGCCGAACAAAAAUACCCUGAGUAUGCGUUUCUGUUCAACGAAACCAUCACAAAGUAUUCCACUAAUGAGAAAACACGAACGUCAACUAAAAUGGCAUUGGAUGGAAUUGUUCGGGACACAGUUUUGUUGUCAAGAUGCGACUAUCUCGUGUGUACCAUGAGUUCCAAUGUAUGUCGAUUGGCGUAUGAACUAAUGCACGUACAUCAUGGGGACGCUUUCAACAGAGUGGUUUCCGUAGAUGUGGACUGGUUUUAUUCUUCAAUUAUUUAUACUGCAAUGUUGCCCCAUAUUUAUCCAGUGCAAAGGGAAAUUAGUUUUAAGGUUGGUGACGUCAUCAUAACGGACACCAACAAGCAGAGUCAAGUUCAAGAAAAGGGAUUUAUUAUUGGCAAGAAUAGAAGGACCGGACAAGUGGGAUUAGUGCCAAAAUACAAGAUUGUUGAAGUCAAUGUACAAAGACAAUAACCGCAUCAAUAAGUGUUACCAUGGAAGUUUUUCAAUAUUACAGGUUGAAAGUUAAAAGACUCACAAUUCGCUCGCAUGCUUACUUCUGCAAACAUGCGUGAGUGUUGGUGGGUUAAGUCGAUCACUGGCUUUCAAUUCUUUUUGACAAAUAGAUAAAACGAUAAACUGCAUCGAACAGACUACUAUUUUGCUCUGCAGUCAAUCUGUCAUCACCAUAUAGUAAAGAACGGAGGGUUACCUCAGCUAGAGAUUGAACAGUAUGUUGCAUUUGUUCAGUAAAGAGAGGACACAUAAAAAGAAAGUGGUAUGUAGUCUUCUUUCUUUCGUCCCUACAAAAUGGUGAGGGGACAAUCUUUUUAACAUAGAGAUUGCGUAGGCGAGUGUGCAGGACCUGAAGCCGACGUUACCAAAAUAGGCUAAGUGUUUUUGGCUUAUCAUUAUAGGUAUGAUUUAAAACCAGCAAUAUUGUUUACAGUCUUUGGCUCAACUGGGAGAGAAUUCCAUGCAGAUAUUAUAGAAGGAAGAAAUGAAUUCAAAAACAAGGAUGUGCGGGUUAGAAAACUAGAUAUAAUGGGUAAAUUUCUAAGUGUUCUUGAUGAGGCUUGUC